AAUUAUUCUUGAUGCACUAAAGUUGCCUGUGUUGCCUGCCAUGUGUUGUAAAGUAAAAUUAUUGUAAUUAAAAUAUCUGCAUGAGAGUGACAGGCUACAUAUUAACGCGCGAAAUUAUCAUAUUUCCACGAAAAUCUAUCAGUACAUAACAUAGAAUCACGUCUAUAUCCCCUGUGGGGUAGAACCAACCGUCAUCUAAAGACUGAAGGGACAGGUUGCUAGCUCAUCGCCUAAAAGGGGAGUCCCAUGUAUAAGCCUAUCCCUUAGUCACCUUUUAUGACAUCCAUGGGAAUGAAAUGGAGUGGUCCUAUUAAUUUUUCUAUUGUUGCCGGGAACCACACGGCAUUACUAUCUAUCAGUACUAUCGGCAAAAAGCAAACUUUUUAGUCAAUUUACCUAUUUUCAUUGUAUUUGUUAUGUCUUAUUUGUCAAUCAGUUAUUUUAAUUAGAUUUUGACAAUCUGUUUUACGUCGUAUAUUUCCACACCACGUUCACACGCUCACAAAUUUUAUACAAAAUAAAAUUACCGUUAGUGCUACAUAAUACAUUUUGUUGCCGUAUUUAAAAUUACAAAAAUGGCCGCAAACGAAACUGUGAAAGCGGCUUGUAAAACGGCAAAGGCAGUAAUGUCCACGGAUUUUUGGGAGGCCCGCCGACGAGUACUGGGUCUCUACAGGGCCUUCUAUCGUUAUAUACCUUAUAUUAUAAAAUAUUUUGACAUACCGAAAACUGAACAAGAUUGUCGGUAUAAGUUGAGAGAAUAUUUUUAUGCAAAUGCAUGUGUCACUGAUGUUCGUGUUAUUGAUAUUUUGGUCAUUAAGGGUUACAUGGAGCUAAAGGAAGUGACACACCAGUGGCAACAGAAAGGCCACGUGAUGGCACAUUGGAAACCCUCGUGGGAGCCUAAACCAAAUAACUUCAUAUGCAAGUUCUUAUCAGGAGUGGAUUAAGUUUUAGUAUUUUUUAAUUUAGAAUCCAGUAAAUUAUUGUAAAGUACAUACUCAGUCUUUUCUUGCAGAUUCGACAUUUGUAGACUUUAUAACGUUCACGAAUAAACAUAGAGUUUUUAUAACAUAGAUUAAGAAAUGGAAUGCAGUUUUGAAAAUAGAAAUAAAAGAAUAACAAAUUCAAAAUUUAUUGAUCACGUUCAUUCCAAAUCACUUGCCUUUCAAAGGCU